AUGGCAGAGGGAGAGGAAAAUGAGGCUACGGAGAAAGAAGUGGUAUAUGGGGAAGGUAGAGCGAGGGGAAUGGGCAAUAGAACACUUUGGAGAAUAAAACACUUUGGUAUAAGUUGAAUACUUUUAUGAACCAAUGCUAGUUGUGGCAACUCUAGUCUGCAAUGAAUAUAUUAUCAUUGUUGCUAUAGUUUAUGAAAACACCAAUGGUUUCACAUACAGAAAGUAUACUUUUAAUAGUUAGCGUAAUUUUCAACUUUUCUAGUUGGCUUGUCCUUCGCAAAUAUCAAAAAGUAAGCAGUAUUGACUCUGACUAGCUCUGGUAUGGGAGACCAGUAGGUGCUGACACAUAAUGUUAACAUUUGCUUUUACAAGCUCAAUAAUUGUAACAAUUUGGUUUAUUCUCAGUCUUGUUUAGUACCCCACAGUGCCACUACCUGUCUGCUGCAUCUAGACUGAGAUCUCUCUCUGUUCCCAGCUGGCCUUACUUUGUGAUUAACAUCUCCCUAUUUUGUUGAGCCUCACUCUUUCUUGUUUGGUUCAGAUCAUUAAUGUUAUUAGUCUGGUCAUGUCUAUCCUGUGCUCCUGUGCUAGCUGUUUCCAUGUGUUCCUGAGCUGGCUGUAUACAAAGGCCUUUCCUGCAUUCCUUGUAUCCAGACGUCCUUCUAUAUUUGGUUAUCUGUUUUUGUAUUUUAUUUAACUUUCUUUCUUGUAAAUAUCAACACACUUAUUUUUUACCUUGAAUUGUGUGUAUAUUGGUUUAUUUGCAUUCUGGGUUCCACCCUACAGAGGCUGUUGCAAUGGUCAGCACCCUUUACGACCAAACCCAUUGAUAAUAAUAUCGUUAUAGUUUAUGAAAACACCACUUGUUUCAAAUAUAAGAAGUAUACGUUAGAUUUUUAGUAUUGAUUGUGCCCACUCUAGUCUCAGAUUGCUUGACAUUGACCAAAAGCAAAACAGGGAUGUUACUGACUAGUUCUGGUAUGGGAGACUAGUCAGUGCGGAAUAUACUUUUUUUUUUUUUAAUACUUUUGAAUUACAUGUAAAUAUUAUCAAAAUAAAACUGAAUAAACAGAUCAUUUGUAAUCAUAUAAAAAAGGUAAUUCAUUACAAUAAGUUUAAACGUUCUGAAAGGUCACGUUUUUGAAAUUAUGCUAAUAGCAUAUUCUGAUAUCAAUGAGUGUAAAGAAGAAUUUAGAAUAAAAUCAUACUCUUCUCUCUGUACAGUCUUCUACAGGAGAAAAUACCUUGACUUGUGACUCUGUUGGCCACAAAGACGUAAAGGAAUUAACAGGGAAUGAACACGUUUGGUGUGAUAUAGAUAAGCCUCCAUUUAGUGAGGAAAAGAAACUUUCAACAAGAGGUAAAUAUGAACAGCUUACAGAAAUUAACAAAGAAAUUGAACCUGCUGGGAUCAUGAUAAGCAAUGAGCAUGUACUUCAAGAGGUUCCAAACAUGCAGCUGACAGAGCAGAGGAAUACUUCUGGAAGGAAAGACAGUGGAGAGCAGCCUGCAAUAAAAGAUGACAUUAUGGAGACUGGACUUGGAAACAAAAUAAAGCACAGUGCAAUUGGGAGGAUUGAGCCUGAGCCUGGAGGCAAAAAAGAGGGCCAGGCAUGUAUAGAGGAAGAUAAUGAAUCUAGAACAGAGGGCACAGAAGAACAACACGUUAUUGAAAAGGGUAUGAGUGAGGUUGGUACUGAAAAUAUAGGAAGGUGCCCUGCAGUCAAAAAGGAGAGGACUGAGGUUGAACUAGAGGACAAGAGAACCUGGCCUGUACCCAGUGAGGAUAUUACUGAGCCUAGAACAGACCACAGUGUAAUAGUGCCCGCAAUUAUACAGGAGAUACCUGGGCAUACAAAGGAAAACAAAAUAGAGCAGGAUGUGUUCAAAGAAGAAGAAUGUUUACAUGUUAUGAAAAGAGAGCAGGCUGCAUAUGGUGAAGUGGAUGUACAGCCUGCAUUUAGUGAAGUGGAUGUACAGCCUGUAGGUAGUGAAGAGCAUUCACUCUGUUUUGAAUGUAAUGUUCACCCUGCAAGUGGUGAGAAGCACACUCAUCCUACUGAAGGUGAAAAUAAUAUUUACAAUGCAGUAGAUGAAGAUAUUCACCUUGUAGGUGUUGAGAACAUUCUUCAUAUUAAAAAUGUUGAGAAAGAUGUUCAAAUAGCAGAUGGUGAGUAUGAUGACCACCUUCUGGGCAGUCAGCAGCAAGCUUUGAUUGGUGGAAAUACAAAGCCUACAGAGAAAGAUGAAGAUAUCCUGCUUAGAAGUCCUUCAGCAGGGAAAGAGCUCAUUGGGAUAAGCAGGCAUCAGCCUUCUAGUGAAAACGUGAGUAUUGCUUACUUUAAUAAUCAUGUUAAGAUAAAGCAAUACUUAUGUUAUUGCAAUUUAUGGACUUAUAUAUAUUUAUUAUAUCUGUGAGUAGUCCAAAACAUAUUCAUGUUCAAGUGUAUUCACUAAUCACCAAAUUACAGUUAAUUGAGAGAAUAAUUGCUGGUUCGGAAUAAAUAUAUACUAUAUUGGGAGUUUGGCUAUUUAAGCCUAAAUUUAGAAAUUUGGUGUUUAGUGAAAAAACACCUUCAUUAAUCAGAGAUAACUAACCCAAAAUGGUACGAUAAUGGCAAGUUGGCAACUGAUAUAUGUGUAAAGAUCUGCUUGGGAUUUCAUCUUGAGUCUAAUUGUUAACUGAUUUUUUUUUUUUGUAUUUGUUGUUGCCCAGUUCUAAUUGUCCAUAAAGAUGUCAUAUGGUUUUGCUGUUAGCAUACAUUUAUUCAUUUUAUUAUUUAUGUAACAGUUCUUAUGUAGCACUCUUAUCUAGAGCGCAUUACAAUUUAUGUAAAGAAAAUUGGUAAUUUUAGAAACGGGAUAGACACAUGAAACAGAAUGAGAAGAGAUAUAGUUUAGUAUCUAAAUCUGAUUCUUAGAAAUUCAUGUCUUUUGGAAACUCAUCUUCAUCAAAAUCAUGUAAAUUAAAGUCUUAAUUUAUGUUUUAUAGAUAAAAGGAAAAUGUGUUUGCUUGCACAUCCAUGAUGCUGCCAAUAUCUCUCUUUAAUAAGUCUUUAUAUACAAAUUAACCUAUAGCUUUCUUUACUGUCCACCAAUAGCAGCAAAGAAUACAAAACAGUAAGAAAAAAUUGAACACAUAGUAACAGGACACUCCCAUACCAAGUCCCAGUAUAAUAGUGAGCACCUCCCUACAUACUUCCUCUUUCUUUGCUGCUCCACAGUCAGAUAAGUACCAGUACUAUUUUGUCUCUUGAGACUUUAGUUGUACUAAUUAUUGUGUAUUUGUUCUUAUUUGUCUAGGGAUUUUAGUUUAACUUAACCUUUGAGUUUACAUUUUAGAACUGUUCAUGUACCUGUUUUACUGUGUAUUGUUUGGUUCUGUGCUCAGAGUCCCAGACUAGCUGGGGGGGUCUUGCCCCUCCUUUUCCCUUGGGGGUGUCUCCUCCUUUUUUUCAUACCUCAUAUUUCUUUAUAUACGUUUUCUCUGACUUUCCCUUCGGUGGUGCUUGGGUCUUACCGUUUUCUGUCUCCCCUACUUGCUAUACCAGGUCCUGGGGCCAUUUUGGCACCCUUUUUGUGUGUUUCUUCGCACGCCUUCGGCACUUUGAGAGGUUUUCUAAUGUCUGCCAUUUGGACGUUCGCAUGACAACUCCCAGUCGCCUAUUUUAUCAUUGCAGUUCGGGCCGCAAACGUUUGUUCGUUUGCAGGUUUUUUCGUAUCUGACCAUUCGUAUGUUUCGCUGGCGCUUUCGAGAGUUGUCUCUUAGACGCAUUCGGCACGCGAAUGCACUUUGGUCGCGAUAUGAAUUUCUCAGUUCGGGAGAUUUUCCUUGCAAGGACGCCAGGGCUGAUAAUAGGCUAGUUUACCCGGACGAACUCCGUGGUUGGGUCCAACGGGCCAUCUGUAUUGCGGGCAGCGUCAAUACUUCACUAUCUAUUGAGCGACGUAAAGCCAUCCUGUUUAAGAUUGAACGGAAACUGGCUAACCUCGCCCUCACUGUGGCUGGCAAAGACGCCAAAGGUCUCCUAUUUGGUGACUCCUUUAUUAAGGACCUUGGUCAUUUUCUUAGGGCGUUUACAGCCCUAGAUCAUCAAUCUACUAUGUCUAGAAUGGCCAGGCUUCGCAGUCGGGAUGUACGUCUUAUUGUUUAUCUGGAUGAUAUUCUGGUCAUACCCCAGGACCACUCCAUUCUCCUCCAGCAUCUGCGGUGGAUGGUGGAUCUGCUGACCAGGCUGGGUUUUCUCAUCAGUUGGGAGAAAUCUUGUCUGAUACCAUCCAGAUGCAUGGAAUUCUUGGGCUUCCUUGUGAAAUCGUAAGAGGACUCCUUGAGCCUGCCCACGUCUAAAAUUCGAACUAUCCGCAAGGAGCUUCACAGUGCUCUUACCGGACAACAUCUCAACCAACGCUACCUGUCAAGACUCAUCGGACUGUUAGCAUAGUCGAUCCAAGCGGUGUUUCCGGCUCCUCUUCACUAUCGAGCACCCCAGCGCUUAAAGAUUGCACAUCUUCGCGAGGGAGCAUCUAUGCGGACCUGAUAUCACUGGACGAGGAAACAAAGGAUGAAUUGCAUUGGUGAAUUUGCAGUAUCUGUGCAUGGAACAGCAGGGCCAUGUUCGGGUCUCACCCAGAGUUCACCAUAGGUUUGAACGUGAGCAGUGGGUGCCCACUACGAAGGGGUGUCCACAGGAGGACACUGGUCGGAGAGCAAAUUCAGGAUGCAUAUCAAUGCUCUGGAGCUUCUGGUGGGAUCAUUUGUGAUUCAGAGUUUUGCGAAGGAGGUCUGCCAAUGCCUGCAUUCACCUACGGAUGGACAACGAAUCUUCAAUUCGAUAUGUCAACAACAUGGGAGACACCCAGUUGGCAUUGUUGGCUCGCUUGGCAACGGACUUCUGGGAAUUUUGGAAUCUGGUGGAAUCUGGUGGUCCAGAUACCUACCGGCUUUCACAAAGUUCAGGUGGAUUGGAAUUCUUGUUAUCUCUCGGACAGCAGCGAUUGUAGAUUGGAUGUAGCAGUGUUUUGCACUAUCUCAUCCCUCUGGGGUCCCUUUUCCGUCAACCUUUAUGCCUCAAGGCUCAAUGCCCAGCUACCCUGUUUCUUCAGCUGGCGUCCAGAUCCGACCACAGAGGCGGUGGAUGUUUUCUUGCAGGAUUGGCACAGUCCUCUCCUCUAUGCUUUCCAUCCAUUUGCCAUGCUUCCCAGGGUGCUGCUUCAAGUUCGCCACCAAUUGGCAGAGCUGGUUCUCUUAACCCCGUUCUGGGCGACUUAAUCCUGGUUCUCUCAACUUCUGGAGAUGGCAAUAGAUGUACCCAGGUUGUUGCCGAUACGUCUGGACCUCCUUCCUGUUGUUGGCUUGGCGGCUUUCAAGGGACCCAGGCAUAACUUGGGAGUUUUGGACACCACUUAAUGCCUCUUGGUGGAUGCAUGGGCUCCCAGUUUCUGCACCUGUAAUGGCAAUUCUCCAAUUCCUCACGUCUCUGUUUGAAAUUGGAUGGGCCUACCAGAAGAUAAACGUAUAUAGGUCUGCCAUUUCUUUGGCCCAUCAGGGUUUCGAGGGUUGUCCGGUGGGGCAACAUUCUUUAGUAUGCCAGCUUCUACGUGGCUCCCUCCUCUCUUGCCCACCUAAACAACGUUACUCUGCUACAUGGGAUGUCUCCAUGGUGCUAUCGUUGUUUACCUCCUGGCCUUCUAAUGCGGGUCUUUCCUUACGCCAAUUGUUGGCGAGACUGGUCACUUUGUUUUGCCUGGUAUCCUGUAAAAGGGUUUUGGAUGUUAAUGCCUUGGAUUUCGACGCUCAUUCCUUCACUCCUAACGUAGUGACUUUUAAUAUAUCUAGGCGUACGAAGACUUUGAUUAGAUUGGUUUCUUAUCCGGCUUUCCGUUUGUUUCCGGUGUUGUGCCUGGUGGCUUGUUUACGGGAAUAUGAGAUUCACACUGGACCACACCGGUCACCUUCUACACCUAAUCUUUUUCUGUCCUUGCAACGUCCUUUCUCCCCAGUGACGAGUACUACAGUGGCUCGUUGGUUGAAAUGGGUAUUGCAUCAGGCGGGUGUUGACACUUCGGUGUUUGGAGCCCAUUCUGUACAGGGUGUUUCGGCCUCGUCUAUGAUGACUUCGGGGCCACAGUUGGAGGACCUGAUGAGGACAGCGGACUGGUCUUGGGAAUCUACCUUCUGUGAAUUCUAUUUUCGAGCGGUGACUCGUUUUUUAUACGGUUGUCAGUCAGCUUUAAACUUGCAAUAUGAGCCUCCGUGUCUUGUUAUAAAAUUACAUGAUUUUGCUUUUACAUGAGUAUUGUCCCACCCUAGAUACAAUUCUGACUUGGUCUGCAUCUUCCCUCCCUGGUAUGUUUAUGCUUGGAUAAGGUUGGUAUUAAGGUACGUGGGGAUAGGAUAACACUAGGCUUGAUGACCAGUAUAUGUUUGAAUUCUGUGAUGUUCCUGGGUUUCCGAAUUGUCUGAUAAGAGGGACCUGUAUAUACCUUAUACUCACAUUCAGUUGCAAGGACCAAAAUAACGGUGUGGCUCCUGUUUAUUUAUGUUUUCACAGCCUAAUUCGGACAUGUUUGAUGGACUCCGACUGAUUAUAGUCUAAUGGAAUCGCCUAUGUUUGUGGUUCUUGUUUCCUGUGUUGGAAUUGUCCUACUUUGUUGGAGUGUUACGUGAUGUGACUCCAACUAAUUUUGUGGGCAGUUGUUCUUGUGCGGUUGGACUGAUUCCUUGGUUUCCUGUUUAAAGGAACACUAUAGCUACCUAAAGAACUUUGGCUUAAUGAAGCAGUUUUAGUGUAUAGAUUAUGCUUCUCAGGUUUCACUGUUCAAUUCACUGCCAUUUAGGAGUUAAAUCACUUUGUUUCUGUUUAUGAAGCCCUUUAUCACACCUCCCCUGGCUUUGAUUGACACAUCCUGCAUGAAAAACACUGGUUUCUCUUUCAAUCAUAUGUAAUUUACCUUAAACAAUUGUAUCUCUUUCUCAGUAAAUUGAAAUUGUAUCACAUACAGGAGGCGCUUGCAGGGUCUAGCAAGCUAUUACCAUAGCAGGGGAUAAGAAAAUCUAAAUUAAACAGAACUUGCAAUAAAGGAAGGAUAAAGUUUAGAUGACUCUUUACAGGAAGUGUUUAGGAAAGCUGUGCAAGUCACAUGCAGGUGUGACUAGGGUUCAUAAACAAAGGGAUUUAACUCCUAAAUGGCAGAGAAUUGAGCAGGUACAUGAUCUAUAUACCAAAACUGCUUCAUUAAGCUAAAGUUGUUUUGGUGACUAUAGUGUCCCUUUAAUGUUUGUUUUUGUGGUUGCAUCUCCAAAGAAAGAGGAAGUAUGAAGAUAGGUGCUGACUAUUAUACUGGGAUUUGGUAUGGGAGUGGCCUUUUACUACGUGUACCAUUUUUUCUUACUGUUUUGCAUUCUUUGCUGCUAUUGGUGGACAGUAAAGAAAGGGAUAUACAAUACUCGCCUCUGUGUCUUUAAUAAAAUCAUGACUAUUCAUCAUGUAAUAGCAAAAUCAUGUAAUUAUUACUAAUUCGCCAUGCCUUCUUAAUCACAUUUCCUUAUUCUUGUAUUGACUUAUUGCAUUCUUUUUCUUUAGGGUUCUAUCAUUGAGUUGACUUCCACAGUCCUUAAAGCCACAGAUAACAUCAUUGCAGAGCUGCUAUCUCUUAGGGAUGAGAUGGGUAGAGAAUCAAGAAAGCCACUGGCACAUGAAAGCCUCAGUCUUUUUAGAGAGGUUGGUAUAAAUCAAAUGAAUGGAGCAAUCUUUCUUUUGGAAAUGUCUAGGUAUGCUUUCCAAUGCCACAGCCAAUCUAAAAAGGGCCUAUGUGAAGGAAUCCCAGAAUGUCAACUACUAGGAGUUCCAAGUAUCUGUCAAGGCAUGUCAACAUGGAGUAGUUUAGUAAUGAGGAAGUCAGCUUCUCUUCGUAUCCUCAUGCUGUGGAUGUAAAACAAGAGCUCAGCAAAGACUAUAGAUAAAGGGAGAGAGAGUGUGCUUGGACAUCCAUGUUGCUACCAAUCUCUCUCUGCUUUUAGUUUAGCCAAAAUGUGGAAUGUGAAUGCCACUUCCAUAGUUAAAGGGACACUAUAGACAUCAAAAUAAAAUUAGCUAAAUGAAUAACCCUCAAUACGCUGCAAAACCUGUAAUAAAUUGUUUUACUUACCUGAAAUCAAGUGCCGGGCGAAGCUCUAGGGACUUCAUUAAAGUGCUAAAUCCUGAUGUCACUUAAUCUGUUGUAAAAGCAUUUUGAAUAUAUUUAAUGCAAAAUUAAUGUGAUAAAAACCAUAAAACAAACAAAAAAAAAGCAUUGUCAAAACCAAACAAUUAAAGUGAUAGCGCUUUGAAUUAUAUACUUUUGUAUUGUGUUUUUUAUCCCAUUAAUUUUGCAUUAUAUAUAUUCACAAUGCUCUUACAAAAGCUUAUUUAAAUACAAUUUAGCUCAUUUAGCAAUAACAUUAUUUCAUUUGCCUCCCACAUUGGAAUUAGUGUAGGACCCACUGAUAUUGGGGUACUGUGAAGUAGUGGUGGGCUUAACACAAUAUGGCCAUAUAGUUGUCAAGAUUGACCCCUUCACACAGAGUGAAACCCAGAGGAAGAUGUAUACCGGACCUUAGAAUGGCCGGACUUGCGUCUGAGAGUAGUCAAAGGAAUAGCCAGAGGUCAAGGGAAUACAGAAGACGGGCACACGAUAAUCCAAGCCAAAACCAGAGAACAGGAUAGUCAGAGUGUAAGCCAAGAGUCAGAUACCAAAAAGACAAUCAGAAAUAAAGAGCGCUAGGGGACUCAAACAAGAACCACACUAGGGCGCCUAACAAGUGCCAAGGUUGCCUUUUUUAGUGUGUGAUCUUUAGCUUUAAAGCCACGCCCCCAAAAGUUCCGGGAGCGUGGCCACGUUUCAAUUUUGGUGGCACUAUUUUGCUGAUGUCGGGGCACAUGCCCUGCGUCAUAAAAAUGGGCGUGUUCCGAGCGGCCGGCGUCAGAAGGACUGAGCCGCCUCCUGGAAGUAUGGGAGGAGAAUGCGCGGGUCCGGCAGGGAAAGGUAAGUGAUUGUUACAAUAGUGGAAUGACAUGUUCCAAGUGUAUCCCCAAUUCCCUUCUUUUCGUAACAGAGGUCUGGGCUGACUAAGUCACAUGUACUGUGUGUGCAACUAACCCCAGCAUACAAUUAAGAAUAUCUCAGUAUGUUCAGUGUUUCAAGCAGAAACACUGCAUGAAACACUGUACAUGCUGACUCCUACCACCAUCACCUCUUCACAUUACGGAAGUGGUCAUGGUGGUUGGAGUAAUACUUUAACUUGCUUUUAUCUCUUGCUCUGCAAAUUAAACAUUUAUCACACCCCCGUAGUGUCUAGAAGACUAUUCACAGAGUGUAAGAUAAUACAUUCUAAAUAAAACAGAAUGUGCAAUAAAGUAAGUUUAAACAUGAGAUCUAUAUUUACAGGAAGUGUUUCGGAAGGAACACUUCUAAAUGGCAGUGAAUUGAGAAUUGAGAGUCCAGGGGUAUGAACUAUACACCAAAACUGCUUCAUUAAGAUUGUGUUGGUGGCUGCCGUGUUCCUAGCUGUUUCAAGGAAGCUAGCAUGAUGAAACAAGUGUUAAUACUGCAUGUCGCUAAGCAUACACUUGAAAACUAAUGCAAGCAAACACAGGAGCCACUGGCAAUGUCUGAGUAACUCUGCUCAUGUAGUUGUAGCAUGUCCCUUCAGAUUUUCCCGUUAGUGCAUAGGUGUUCUUGAACCUUUACUUUAGACUAACCACAUACAAGACACACUGUUGGGUCCAUACUGCAUGCCUGUUUCUGCUUCCUGCUCUUGUUCACUAUCUGAGAUCUAUAUUUUCUCUUGACAAUCCUGUUUCACCCUUCGCCCUUACAAUUAUAUUGGACCUGACCAUGGCAUUAUAUUUCUGGAUUCUAAAGGAACUCUGCUACUUGAAGCAUUUCCAGCCCCUAUGCCUUUACCCUCCAUUUCUUUUUAUGUUAUGUCUUCCUCUGUGUUUCUGCCCGCUCCCAAGGAGCUUCCCUUGUAAUGAUGCAAUGUACACUUUUCUGUUCCUCGGUUUCAAAACAACCAAAAAGCAUGCCGCAACUUCUAACAUUUUCAGGUCUGGUCAUUCCUUUAUAGCUCCACGUUUAUAGAAAAUCUAACUGCUCUUCCCUUCUUUUUCUCAGUUAUCAUCAGGGGCAGAAAUGCAGGUGGCUGAAGGAUCUUACGGUGACUCAAAUAAUAAAGAUGGAGGGCUACAACAUGCAGAACAAAUAAAAAUUAUGAUUGAGCAAAUUAAACUUAUAGAAGACCUAUUCACACAAAUACAGGACAGAUUAGAGGUAGAUCAACUAAAGGACAAUAGAGAUUGCUUGGCGAAAGGACAAUCACUGUCAGUUGGAGAAGAUGAUAUACACAAAGAAACAUCAUCUGAAAAAUGUUUUGGGGUAAGAAACAAAGCACAAAAUAAGACAUUUGCAAUCUAUGCAUUAUCCAUACACACGUCUUCCCCUUAUGUUUUACAUAAAACUCCUAAUUUGAAGGGGAAAUUCCAAAUACACAACGAAAGACCACAAGCUGAUUUAUGUAUAGCAGUUGAAACAGGUAAAAUACAAAUUUUAGGGGUUUUUCUUCCUUUUCCCUUGCAGAGAUGUCUCUCUCGCUUAUUUUUUUUUUGCUGUGUUGUUAUCUUUUGUAAUGUGUGUUUGAAACUCCUGAUUCCUAAAUGCAGUAGUUUCUUCAUUUGUGUAUGCGUACAAGGGCAUUACCCUGAUUAAAAGGUAAAAAUAGUUAAUUUUAAAAAAUCUCCCUGAUUUUCCUUAAAUUUCCUGCAAAUAUGCAGUUUCUUCAGGAAACUGGAGCUUUUCAGCACUUAUUUCCAAUCCUUUUAGCCAGAACAAAAAUAGGAGGUUGAGCCCAAAGGAAGUCUCAAUGACCACUAAACUAGCAGGGCUGUAGUUAUGUCAUGACAUUUCCAUCCUUUUUAUGUUAUGUCUGUACCCCUCUACUCAUGAGGAUCAUGCUGGUAAUGCCACUUAGGGUCUCAAUGAAAGCACAGCCAGGAAGAAGCAUAUGCGGCCACAACCUGUUAUUCAAUGCAAUUACCAUGCUACCUAACAGUGGGGUGUGCAGCAACACUCUGUAUUCCAACACCCACCUUCUGCUUACAGGCACCUGGGGGCACUACCACCUCCUCCUAAGCAGCCUGGCGCAACAACAUACUAUUAUCUUUCAUUUACAAUUUGUGGUUGCUUGUACCACCCUGAUGUAAAAUUAUAAAAAAACAAAAAAGCACUAAAUCAUUCAGCCUCUUCCACCAACUGUAGUGAUCCGGGGCUUAAGAACCCCAAAAGCUUGUUUUUACCCCUUAUGGACCCCUCUAACAACACCUAUGACAUGAACCUCCUACACCAUAUGUAAUAAACCUAAUCCCCUGCUCCUAAGUGACUUAUAGGUUAGAUAUUUAAUGUAAUACAUUACAUGAAUGACACAACUCACGUCAGCAAGAGAUACAUAGCUUGUAUUAGAAAAAAACAGAACUAUUAUCAAAUGCUUUGCUAAGCACUCCCUUUUUAUAAUAUAGAAAGUUUAAUAAUAGGGUUCUUUAAGAACAAAGUUGAACUGGCUAUUUUGAUUUUACAUGUGAAAUUUACUUUGACUUGACUUAAAAUUUGUACUUCAGUGAGUAACCCUGUAAGACUCAAUAAGUCACCCUAACAUAAUUAAAAGAAGGAUAGGCAUUAAAGCUAUCCAGUGGAAGAAUGUUAACCAAUUGCUUGUAUAGAGCAACUAGUAAAAGCAAGAAGUGCAAUAUAAGCAAGAAAUGCAAUGCAUUGUCAAUAACAUAAAAUAACUAAAAAAAAAAAAGCAUACAGUUAAAUAAAAUGGAUAUGGUAGGAAAACUCCAAUGACAUACCUGCAACCAUUAACUUUUUCCUGCCCAGUUCCUAGUAACAAAUGGAACUAUGGUAGAAACCCAUAGUGUGUGGACAUGUAUGUCUCUCUGUAGCAAAUGCCAGUAGCGUAAUUCCUAGCUUAGAAAAAAAAGAAAAUGGGGACCUCUGUUGUUGUGAUCCAAUAAGCAGUACCAUGCUUUUGGACUCAACGUAGAUGGUGUACCCCACCAAUAG